AUGUCUACAUUAUCGUUCGCUGGUAUUUGUGCGUUUCUACGGUCAGGCGAGUACGAUAAGGUGCACAAUGAGCCUACAUUUGAAGUGAUCGACAAGUUUUUAAAGGACAAUGAAGAGAUAAUAGUGCAUUUAUCUGGGUUUGUGGAGGGCAAGGAGCCCAUUGAGGAGUCUGGGAAUGGAAUUGUGAUUCGUGGGAGUAAAUACGAAGUUUCUGGGGAGGAUAAAAAGCUUUGUGAGGAGCUUGGGGAAGCUUUAAAAGUGAGUAAGCGCGAAUGUCUUCGAGUUGUUUCUCAGACACGGGCGCGGUUUCCAGACUGUGAGAUUAGCAAGGACACGCUUGUGAAACAGAUAUUGCACGAAAGAAACUGUGUGCUGGAUACGGUACUAGUUUUAUUGAAUGAUGACUCGUUUCCGGUGCUUAGGAACUCGCUUUUACAGGUGGUAUUCAAGAAUCGGAAUACGAUUAUAGACGAGGCCAUUGUUUUGUUGAGGAAGUGUGUGGGGCAGAUUCGUGAUAUGGACGAAGAAAGCUCCUAUCGAGAUGCGAUGCUUGCGUACGACCUUAUUUAUAUUACAAACGUAUUGAAUUUGGUUGCAUUUGUGUGUUUGAACCAAGCAAUUGGUUUGGAGACGAUCACGAAAUGGUACGAGUUGCUCGGAGAGACGGACUACUUCCGUGCAUUGAAGACGAACAAGGAUGUUCCCAAUGAGAUUUUCCAGAUGGUGCAUGCUUUAAUGAUUAUGGACACGAUGAUAAUAACGGGAUACAACACCAGUAAGGAUACCAUUGACACAGGAGCGGCUUUCUUCAACACAGCAGAUACCUUUAGGGCAUUACUCGAUACCAUACUGGAUUCAAAUCCGCCUGCAGUAAUCGUUUAUUAUUGGUCCUUCAUCCUAUACACAAAAACAUAUAUGUUAGAGGAAAAUCCAGAAGAAAACUUCCAGUUUGUGCAAGAGGUGUUCCAAACACAGCCGAUCUCAGAAUUAACGAAAGAACUUGCUUUGGCGGCAGAGAGUGAUAACGUUUUCGAAGAUAUUUCAAAAUUAUCGGAAACUUUCAAGGACCAUAGCUUCUUCUCUGCAAUUUUAUCGUCGGUAGUCGUGUUUUCCUUAUACUUCAUCCCAAUCAGCUUGAGAACUUCUAAAAUGAUAAAGGCAGUAUUGAUGAACUCUCCAACACAGUACGUGGAGAAGUUUUUGACCAAUACAGAGUUUGAAAGGAAGUUCUUCCUCGUGAAGAGUAAGGCUCCGCUUUUGAAAGAAUCUUUGAUCCCAAUGAUCAACGUAACGUCAGUGUACCCGGAGUUCGCACAUUUCGAGUGGAAAGAACUUCAAUCAUAUGUGCAGGAAAUGUCACUUGGUAAUUUGGAUUAUGACCUUGCUGAUGACGCGAGCUCAACAGACUUAAUUUCCGUAAAGACUGAAACAUUCGUACGAGUACCGUUAGAAUCGAAUGAAAGGGUUCUUCUUCCAAUUCCUAAAAACACAAAGGGUAAGAUUUUGCCCUCUACAGCUGAGGAUGAUAUGAUCAUGUUCUUGUACAAAUAUAAUGGUUGGGCCCUAUUAGGCCGCGUUUUCCAAAAUGCCUGUGAAAGGUAUCUUUCCACAUCAUCAAAGAGCGAGAUUCGCAAGGAUAACAUUCAAGAAGAACUAAUAGUUUCAUUACUCGAUCUAGUAGCAAGCAUAAUCGGCAAUGGAAUUUCCGUCGAGAAAUCUACCGAAAUAUUACAGCAAAUGUCAAUCUAUAUGUCCGAUGAUUACGUUUUUGAUGUGAUAUUCAGAGUUUUCGAACAAUCUUUGCAUUUAAGAGACUACGAUGUCAUCGAUCAUUGUCUCCAAGUUCUUAUCAACUCCACCGAAAACUUCUCUCAUUUCAUCUGGUCACAUCUCGCCAGAUCAGAAUUGCUUGACAGGUAUGGGAAAUCAGGUUUAAUCGCUAGUGUGUUGGGCACUAUGGAAUUGCCCAAUGGUAACUAUUCUAUCACCAUUAAAAGCGUCAAGCUUGCCCAACAAUUGGUUGCUGAAUCAUUGUCCUCCAAGACAGAGUUCCCUGAGAGCUUGAAGAAGGAAAUAUUGUCAAAACUAAUACAACACUUCAUUCACGUUUAUGAGAGUUACCAAUAUUGGAAUUAUGCUUCGAUUGCGGAGAAAUAUGAGCUAGGCUCAAACCUUGCAAUCCUUUUCAGUUCAGUAAUGUACAACAUAUAUGGAGUUGACCCAACAAACUCUCCAGAAAACAAGAUUACCCGAGUGCUCUCUUCGGCUGCCAGUCAUAUCACAAGAAGAUUUUUGAGCAGCGAUUCGCCGGAUGUUAGAAUGGUUACAUCUUUACUUCAUGUAUUGUUGUCCGGUAAUUCCCUUGAGGCACUAUCGAUUGGAAAUGAAGUGUUUUACAACAAGUAUAAUCAAUGCCUCAAGAAUUCUUUCGAAUUGGCAAAUAUCCUAAUCUCUAUUAGAGCAUUGUUGAAACUUCCUCCAAGUACUCUUGAACUUCAGAUAUACAGCAACCUACCAAAAUUCAUUGAUAUAUAUGCGUUGCAUAACGACUUAAGAAACCCAAUUAUCAAGCUCAUGACCCACUUGGUAAGAGCACCAUGGAAUGAGAACUUCCCAUCUUUAUUAUCAUAUCUCGGUACAAAACAUUCAAAAAUGAUUUUCAAGUCUUUCUUGUAUGAUCUCACCAGUAAUAUAGAUGACUACCAGUUUUUGAAGAAUUUAUACAGAUUCUUUUCUUCUGUAAUGGAGGGGAAACAAGAUGGUUUCUCCAUUCUCCUUGUGACAGGUGAAACUAUAUCCGUGGGCUCUACGUUGGAUACAUCAGAUAAAGGUGCAAAAACAUCCAAUGUGUCUGUUUUAUCUUUGCUAAAAAAGAACAUUUUAAAACUAGAUAGCUAUCCUGAGUCAGUUGCCUCUAGAUUGCUUGAGGCUAUCUCUUAUGCAUUUAAUUCAUGGGCUGCUGCCAGAAACAAUACCACGGAUAAAGAGUUUAUCGAUUUCCUCGUUAAAAGAUUGGAAAAUUCAGAAGAAAAGACAGCUCCAAAGACAGUUCAAGAAACUAUCAAGUCAUCCAGUCAUUAUCGCCUCCAUGCGAGAAUUGCAGAAAUAUUUGCUCUUUAUCUAUUCACAGCUUCAUCUUCGGACUCUACGAUUACUGAUAUGUUAAGUGGAUCUAAGCUGGUUGAAACAGUAAAGAAAAUAUUCAAUGUGGAUGGUUAUGACGAGAAGCUUAACUCAAAUCUGUCAGAAGAAUUCAAGAAACUAUGGCCACAUUUAACUUUGGAAAAGUUUGCAGUUUCCCCAUUGUACAAAAUUGGGAAGGCUUAUCAAGCUAACAUUUACGAUAUUGAAUUGCUUGAUCAAUACUUUUGUUGUGACGAGAAAUGGACAGGGACAGAUACAUCUGUGGGUUUCAGGGAACAAGUCAUUAAGAGCUCUAUUAACUUGCAGUAUGUCUCCUUCCAAAUAUCAGCUGCUAAAUCCUGGGGGGCGCUUUUGACUGCAUUCAUUAAAAAGACGCCUAAACCACUUCAACCAUCAUAUAUCGAUAUUGUUUCAGAACUUCUUUCUUUGAAUAUUGAAUAUGGAGUUGAUGCACCAAUAUUUGUUGAAGUUUAUCUUCUAAGAAUUGAAUUGGUCUUUUACAUUUUAUAUUCUUUUGUUCAAACCUCGAUGGUUAUUCCAGAAUCUACGGUAGAGACCUUAGUAUCGCAAUUACUAGCCAUCUUAAAGUCUAAGGAAGUGGAUUAUUUGGCUAACAUUCCACUCUCUAACAAAAAUAACUUGUACAGACCGGUCAUCAGAUCUAUAUUGAUUCUAUUGACCUUAGCAAAACCAUAUCAUUCUUUUAUUGAGAAGUGUUCUGACUCGGUAUUAGAGCUAUUUGAAUUAUCAUUUUCUAAAGGUGUUAAUGUUGUGCUAUCAUCAAUCCUUUCUUCUUUCGCUACAGCUUCUACAAAGGGCAAGAAAGUGAUAGUUCCAAAUAUUGCAGACAAAGUGCAAGAUUUGCUAUUGCUUUUGUCAUUAUUUACAAAAAUUAAAGACUUGUCUCCUUCAGCGUCUUUCAACGCUGUUUUGGCAUCUUCCCUAAACGAGUUUGGAACUCUGAAAUCUCUUCUAAACCUCUACUAUAGCUCUUAUUUGCUAAAGUCCAACGAUGAACCACUUUUCGCUGAGUUGACCUUAUCGUUUAUUUCGGAACUUGUAACAAUUCAGGAAGUGGCCCAAAAAAUGAUUGACAACGGCUUAUUCUCUGUAUUUUUGGAGAGUCCAAUAUCUGUAUCAAUCCAAACGAAUGGCGUUCAGCCAGAAAUAUCACCUAGAUUGCAUAACAUCUGGUCGAAUGGUAUUGUUUCGAUUGUUCUACAAUUGUUGAGUAAAUUUGGUUCUUCAAUACUCUCAGAAGUUUGUCUCUUUGUUUCAUACUUCUCGAAACAAAUAGAUUUAGUCGUUAGCAGAUGGUCAUCUGACUCCCUAUCGAUCACACAAGCAUAUAUCCAAGAGACGUCGCAGAUCAUUCUAUUACAAAAAAUGCUAGAUGAUCUUGAGUACCAAAGAUUCUUGUCUGUGAAUACCUCUAAAUUAAAACUGAUAGAUGAACAAGAAGUUAUCGAGCUAUUCCCAGGUUUGGACACUCCUACUGAAAGAGCUGAGUUAUCCAAUGUGCUAAAACAUCUCCUGACCCAUCCAAAAUAUAUGAAUUCCAGAAUUGUGGCCACUACUCCAGAAAAGCAAAAGAUGAUGGACGACGAGGCUUACCGAAGCCAGUUAAUUAACUCUAUCACAAAACAAAUCACAGAGUUGCAAACAUUACUAAAUUCCAACUUAUAA